AUGGUACUAUCACAUGGAAAAACACUUGUCCUUUGUUCGCACUGUAAAGCAACAUCACAUUCAUUAUGGCGGACAAAUGUGUGUCAUAUUUGUAUGAAAUAUUUUUAUAAUCUAGUGGAGCAUGAACCAUCUCAUUAUAAAGACAAGGAAGGAUCGAAUGCCUUAUAUGAAUGUCCACAUUGCUAUCGUUCAUUUGCGCGUUUCCCGGAAUUAAAGUCACACUUGGUUCGUCAUAAAAAGUCAUGUGUGAAGCAAUAUUUCAAAUGUCAAAAAUGCUCAUCAACUUUUCGUUCACAUCAUCUUCGAGAUCAGCAUAUUAUUUCUCAUUAUAAAACGAUAUUUGACAAAAUAUGGGAGAAAUUUUGGUCCACACAAACAUGCAAUAAAAAACCGCAUUGUCCACUAUGUUCGUUUAUGGUGACUAAUAAAAAAAGUUUUCGCCUUCAUAUAAUACAUCGACACGCUAAUGGUUUUUCAUCGGAAAAGCUCGAAGAAUUACUUUCAUCGUUAAUGACAAAAUUUCAGGCAGAAUCCGAUAUUUUAAAAGAAUUUAUUGAAGAGCAAGAUGAAGAUUUCAUUAAUAACAAUUCCUCUGCGAUGAAUAUAUCAGAUCAACGAAUAGAAAUUGUGAUGGAUGGGCCUAAUGAGGUAUCAGCGAAUGAAUCUACUGCGGUGCAAUAUGAAGAACAAAAUUGUUCGCCUGCAUCCAUCCGUGAAAAAUUUAUUUCUGCUUGCUUAGAUAUUAAUACAAACGACCUACCAAAAUGUACCAAAUGCGACUGCAUCUUUCGUCAUAUGGUUGAUUUCGAAUUGCAUGUGAUUCGCGAUCAUAGCAGUGAUCUCAUAUAUAAUAGAUGUUACAUUACUAUAAUUCGUCACCAGUAA